AUGGGUGCAACAGGAACUGGCGCAGUGAAACAGUUUUCGACUGGCGCCACAGGGGGCGCUUUGAUGUUCGCCGCCAGCCACAAGCGCAGCCCCACCAGAAAUCUCCGCAUCGCCGCCAAUGUCAUGGACUUCUACGCUGUGACGAGCGGGGACCACAGGCAGAAACGGUCGGUUCAGUUUGCUGCUCCGCUGUGCUCCGAGGUCGUACCCGCGGCUCCUCAGUUGGUGACACGUCUCGCGGCCGGCAGUCAGGUGAUGGAGGCGGCCUUCCAGGGGGAGCCGUCGGCGGAGGCGGUGCGGCAGGUGGUGGGCCCCAGCGGGACGCCGCUGAGACUGCUGGCGCUGUGGGCGGCGCCCGGCGCCGGGGGUGGCGUCGGCGUCUGCCACAGGGCUCUGUGCCUGCUCUCACUGCUCAUGCUCACCGUCAUCCCCAUGUGCACUGCCUCCAAGCUGAUCAUGGCUGACGACGUGGACCUGGAGGAAAUUACAACUUGCGGCCUCGUGAUCGUGUCAACUGUGGCCAUCCUUAUUAAGGUGAACACCUGUGUUAUUUCCAACUCAGGAUCAUUCGGACCUCUUAGUAGUCACCUGUUUAGCUCCGAUCCUCUGCAGGUGGUGGCAGGUGUGUUCCCAGUCGUGGGGUGGGGCCUGGCCCCCUUACUGUCUUGCGUCUUCUACUCGGCCAACUCGUCUUUGCCAUGUGGGAAGACGCCCUUCCCUGUGUGGCUGCCACCAGCCCUCCAGGUGUCUCCAGGAUACGAGGUGAUGUACAUCACGCAAGUUUCUAGCCACCUGGUGACAACCAGUACGACCACUGGCGUGAAUCUGUUCUUCAUCAACCUCAUGCUGAUGAUCGCUGCUGAACUGGAUGUCCUGAAUGAAAACAUUUCUGAUGUCCGGAAGGCGGCUAGUACAUCAGCUGGUGGUGAAGUUGAGGAGGGCGCAGUAGCAUCCUAUGUUUUCACCGCUGAUCGGCGAACCAGCACGCAGGACGUGUUCAGAAGACGAGACAUCUCAGAUGGCGUGCAAUCGUCGGGCACUGUUCAGCAUCACCCGUCUGGAGACAUCAUCAUCGAUCCUGACGAGGAGAUGUACCAGCAGCUAGUGGUGAACAUACGGCAUCAUCAAUAUAUGAUCGAGUCUGUCACACUGCUGCAAACGGCAAUGGAUUACCCAGUUUUUAUUCUCUUAUUCAUGAACAUGUCAACCAUAUGUGCGAACAUAUUAAUCAUUUUUGUGAACGGCAUGAAUCCUGCGUCAGCCCUCAAGUCUGUAGUGGCAAGCCUCUUUUUCAUAUCUGAAACCGCAAUUUACUGCUGUUUUGGUCACAUCAUCGUUCAACAAAGCGAGCUUCUGACCAAUUCUGCGUUCAGCUGCAACUGGCCAGAUGGCAGCACACGUUUCAAGCGCUCCGUGCUAAUCUUCAUGCUCAGGGCUUCACAUCCGAUGGAGAUAACAGUUGGAAAAACGUACUCCUUGUCAAGGCAGACGCUCCUGCAGGUGCUGAACGGCGCAUAUACCUUAUUCAACAUGUUGUAUCGCCUGAAUAGCACAAAAUGAGUUGAACGACGCUGGUAGCGAUGUAAC